AAAUCUCGAGAUAUUUUUUUCAUUUAGAUUAUCUAUUUAUUUUGCCAAUUUGUUACUAAAAUGAAUCCGUUAAAGUACAGGAGGAAAAGACAAUAAUAUGGAAAUACAGAUAAGGCUGAUAACCAGGCUUAAUAAGAGAAUGUACAAUCGCGUGACAGUAGAUAAAUGCGAAGCCUGAAUCAAUUAGACAUCGAGGGCGAAUAAUCAAUUUUUUUUAGUAUAAAUCUACUGGCCGUUCAAAACUUAAGAACAAGACAGGCUCAUGUUUUCAAUUUGUUUUGCUUUCAACAACCGCGUAUUGUUUGUCUAUUCAUUUUAGUUACUCUCUCUCACAUGAUAUACAGUUGUAUAGCAAGUAACGUGCGAACCAGAUUGCAAAAUUAUUGAUAAAACGUUUUUGGACUUAUACUGAUACAAUUUAUAGGACAGACUUAGAUGAAAAAGCGAUUUUUCUGGACGGGUAUCAUUACUGUUAGUGAAAAGAAUCUUGAGAGAACAUACGACCGACCCUUGCUGUGCAUGCUCAGUUUGCCAUGUCUAAAUAAAUCGCCAACUUUCAAAAGGAGUUAAAGGUCAUACAAGAAAGAAAAACAAACAAGCGACGUCCUAACUGAUCUUUGUAUCCUUGAGGAAUCCGACAAUAUACUACGCGGAAUGGUAGAACAACGGCUGAAUACUAUAAAUUACACACUGAGACAUAAAUUGAUAAACAGUAAAAGAUGUCAUUCGAAUUUAGCUUCCGUCAUGGAAUAUACAUUUAUUCCGAAAUUGAUAGCCUUUCAGCUGGGUUGAAAAGCACUUUUCAAUAUGUCCGUCGAAUUUUGGGUGUGAAAUGACAAGAGAAUCGCCGAACGUUUAGCACUCUGUAGAUUUUAAGGGAAAAAUUUCCUAGUUUAACGCAUGUUUGGUCUAUGGAAAAUGAAAAAAAAAUUAAAUAAUGUAAGUUACUAAAUCACCCACGUAGGAUAAAUGCUGUAAUCAAUUAUCCAUAUGAUAAAAAUGUAACCAUGUAAUUAAUUCAUUCUUUACGCAGAUAAAUGCAAUGAGCAGUGUUAUGCUUGUCCAAAUUGUUUCUUUUUUCCCUCCCAAACAAAGGCGAGGUCUGUUUUACUUUACAAAUCUGCGAGAAAGAUAUUUUGGGUGGAUCGAAAUGAGCACCAACUGCUUAGAAACCAAUGUAACAUUUCCUGUGUACCUCCUGGACAAAGAACCGUUUGGAGUAACCAUCUUACGAAUUGGUUUCCAAAUUGCCCUGGGCUUCUUGGGGGUUAUUGGGAACAUGACAGUCUGUGUGGUAAUUAUCCAAAAGCCCAAGGUACUUGGACCCGCAAGCCAGUACCUCUUCAGCCUGGCGAUAGCAGAUCUUUGUACACUGAUCUUCAAUUUGCCAAUUGCCAUUUUAAAGGAGGAAGAUCCGUUCAGGUGGUCACUUGGCCGAGCCUUUUGCCUGUACAUUAUGCCGACUACAGAAACGUUCUUUGGCGCUGCUAUUUUUUCUAUCGGCUUGAUUGGGUUCGAGAGGUACGUGAACAUCGCUCGAAAAACAGCCCGCGCCCGGAGAAGGCUAUCGUACAAGAAAAGGUGCUUUAUUCUGAUCGGUGUGUGGGUUUCUGCUUUUGCUUUUGGUUCCAUUCCUCUGUAUGCGUUUAUGGAGUACGACUCGUGUCACAAAAUGUGUUACCUCCCCUGGUCGAUGACAGAAUACAUGACCUACAUCAUGACCCUCACGGUCCUUUGGUACGUAUUUCCUCUGGCUGUCGUCGCCUUUAGUUACAUAAAAAUCGCGCAGCUGGUCUCCAAAAGGACCACUUCUCUACAGGGUAUGCCUUAUGGUUCCACGAGUAUGGGAAACCUUCACUCCUCAAGUAUCAAAACCAUGCUGCGCCAAAAAAGGAAGACGUAUCGCAUCCUUACACCUUUAGUAAUUUUGUUUGCGGUGUGCAUGCUCCCAUUGACUCUGCUCAGAUUGGUUGCGAUAUUUUGGACAGAGAUUGCUUUUCAGCCAUAUUACACUGUUCUGCUUACUCUGAUGGUUGUAUCAACGAUAUUGAACUCUGCUGCAGACCCAGUCAUCUACUGCGUUGUAAACAGGGAGUUCCGCCAGCAAGUUAAAAGUAUUUUUGGUGUUACUCGCCUUUUUCAAAAGCUUGGGAGAUUUAUUAGCAUCAGAAGUUUAUCUUUAAAGGGAAAAGGAAGUUUCACAGUUUCUGUCGAAAGCCAAACAUCACAAACCACCCGUUUGUAGAAACUUAGGGAGAGGAAACUAGGACCUUUAAAUAGUAGAGCGGCCUUAAGAACUAUGGAAGCAAAUGAGAAAAGCAAAGAUAACCAACUUCGAUUACACUUUUAUUUUCACGUGCAAACGUGUAACGCAUGAUAAACAUCGGUAAUUAGUUGAAGGAUACAGCGAUAAUUUUUAAGUUGGACUUGUAGCUAAAAGAGGUGUAUCAUGAAAUAAAAAUAAAAUUAUCCUAACUCCCGCCCACA